CAUCCCGACUUGGCGGCCACAGCCACACCAGGCCGAGCAACCUCUCCUCACGCCUCGCCAUGGAGGCCCUCACCGCGACGCCUCGGGCGCUCUUCCCGCGCGCAUCCCCUGCGGCAGCGGCAUUGAUGGCAACGGCGAGACGGACGCCAUCGGCCCGGCGUCGCUGCGCCGCUCCUGUCAGGGCCUCCGCGGCGGCCGCCGAGCCGGCCGGGGACGAUGGCGCGGCGGCGGCAGCGCCCAAGAAGGUCCUGAAGAAGAAGCCGGUCUACUCGAUGAAGAAAGGGCAGAUUGUGCGCGUGGACAAGGAGAAGUACUUGAACAGCAUCAAUUACCUGUCAGUUGGGCAUCCGCCCUUCUACAAAGGCCUGGAUUACAUCUACGAAGACCGCGGCGAGGUCUUGGACAUCAGAAUCUUUGAAACCGGAGAAUACGCCCUGAUCGCGUGGGUGGGGAUUCCGACACCACCGGCAUGGCUACCAACUUACAUGCUCAUCAAGUCGGACAAGCUCGACUACGAGAGGAUAUGAUGGCCGGCCUGGCAGGAGGCCUUCAGUUCAACGAUUCAUGCCAUCGCCAUGCCACAUGUUCAGUCUCGUCAGGACACAGUGUUGUACAUAGAUGCAAAUGCCAACACGGUCGAGAUUGCUGUACUGCACUUGUGAUUAUAAACUCACAUUUUUAAAUUACUUUUGUGCCGAUACUGAAGACUCUGAAAUUGAAUGGACAGGUUCCAGCACAGAAAA